AUGAAUAAUUUAUGGCUUCGAAAUACAUCAAUUUCACCUACAUUUGAUCAUCAUAUUGAAAAUUCUCAGAUAAAUGAAACACCAAUAAAUCAUUCAGAAUGUCCAUCAUAUACAUUAGGAUUUGGUCAUUUAUUCUCUGGCAAUCUACAGUAUUAUCCAUCUUUUCCUUAUGAGUUAAGUUCAUUUGAAGUACCUAAAUGUAAUUCCAAUUUAAACUACAAUAUAGAACAAAUGAAUAAUAUCCAAUCACAACAAGAUUGUAUUAUUAAUCAAAAAGUUAAUGAAGCAAUGGAAACUAUUCGUAAUACAAUAAAAAAUAUUGAACAGCAACAUAAUUAUUCUAUAUCAUGUAUACCGUAUCAGUAUAAUCCAAUAGUGAAUAAUUAUUCUCAGAGUAAUAUCACGAAAGCAGCUGCACUUCUUGAACGAGCAGCGCAUGCAAUGUCAACUGUUGCCAAUACACAAAGUCAAUUUCGAUCAUGA